AUGACGUGUAAUGACGGGUAUCCGGACUCCACGUCUAAAUCGCCAACUUUGAAAAAAAAGCGGCGAAGGUCCGAGGAAGCCGCUGCACGUCACCGACAGCGGUACUUGGAAAUACUGAAGCGUAGAGCGGAGUCGCAGUCCCACCGCGUGGAAUCGCAGGCAUGGACGCCGAGGCAAUCGAGUAGCCACUUGCCAUCAUCGGAUACAAAGCGCCCUCUUUGCAAAUUCUACUACCGAACAGGCUCAUGUGUUCACGGGACCAGCUGCAGUUUUUCGCACGACUGCGUCCCUCUGACGUCGAAGGAUCUCAAGUUGUGCCGGUACUACAUUCAAGGACCAACGAAGUGCAAGUACUCUGCCUCUGCCUGCAAGUACUCGCAUGAUCCGAGUUUGUUCUUAUGUCGUAAUAGCGUGUUGCAUGGCAGUUGCAGCAACGAGUCGCACUGCAACUUCAAGCAUUUAGAUGCCGAAACGAUCUCCGCGCUGGACGAUGCCGAAAAAUUGAAGUUUUGCUACAACAAUAAGCGUUUCUUAAAGGAUUUGUUGAUACGCCACAUAGAAGGCGCCAAUGCGAGUGAUCCACCCGAUUCACCACGCGAGGAAUCGAGCUCUGCCAAUCACGGAGCUAUACCGCACAAGCUGCUGGCACUUUCGCCGUCUUACCUCGCCGAUUUGCCGUGGUACCUGAGGUUCCUACACACAUUACUGGUAAGAGAUCACGAACUCGGCGAAAAUGGAUAA